UUCCCAUGUUAGCCAAUUAGCAACCUAGCAUGCAAUUUGAGGUCUGGCGCCUUGACUGAAUGGUGCUUACGUGUAUUUUUAAUUUGCCAUUCAAAUCCGAACCUUACACGACUCAACGUUUGAGAGCGCUGUUACCGAGCUUUAUAGGUUUUGAUUUCACAGCGGAGCAGAAAGAAGUGAUCCGGAGUGUCUGUUGCGGGUUUCCGCUGCAGUAAGGAGCAUGAGUACAUAAUGAAGCGGCGUUUGGAGGAUCAGGACACAGUGAUCGGCUCUCAGCGGCGGCUCCCCGGGGGUGUGGACAGCUUUCAGCACCGCGUCCUCAACCCUGCCUCCCAGUCCUCCCUCUACGUGACUGCACCAGAUAACAUGCAGCCAUCGUCCAGCAUGCAGUACUCUGUCUCACAGACCUAUCAGUUGUCAAUGGCCCAGAGUUCUGGGGGACAUGGUCACACCAGCAGUUCAGCUGUGCACAGUGGGCCUCAUCACCAUGGACCGGCUGUCCAGCCUGUGGGCCAGGGUCACUCUCAUGCUACCCCUGCCCCUGCCCCAACACUGGGCCAACAGCAGUUUCAAAGGCUUAAGGUUGAAGAUGCUCUUUCCUAUCUGGAUCAAGUUAAACUUCAGUUUGGCAAUCAGCCGCAGGUCUACAAUGACUUCCUGGAUAUCAUGAAGGAGUUCAAGUCUCAAAGGUCAGCCAUUGAUACACCAGGUGUGAUCAGCAGAGUCUCCCAGCUCUUCAAAGGCCACCCAGACCUCAUCAUGGGCUUCAACACCUUCCUGCCUCCUGGUUACAAGAUUGAGGUUCAGACCAAUGAUCUGGUUAAUGUGACCACUCCUGGCCAGAUCCACCACAUCACCCCGCAUGGUAUCUCUGUCCAGGACCUCCCCAUAACACAGCCAGCACAGCGCCAGACCCAACCAGCAGCUCCCACCAGCACUGCUGCCUUGGUCAUCCCUAGCCAGCCAACCCCUGCCAAGAUCAGCAAGCCAAUGCAGUCUCCCGCACUUACCCCAACAAGCCAGCCUAAUCCGUCCAUUCCCUCAUACGCCUCCCCGCGCUCACCCUCGGUCCAGUCCCACACUCCCAUCAGCAGCAGCACUGCCGGUUCGACCCCGCUACAGAACAACCAGCCUGUAGAGUUCAACCACGCUAUCAGCUACGUGAACAAAAUCAAGAACCGAUUUCAGGGCCAGCCAGAGGUCUACAAAUCCUUCUUGGAAAUUCUGCACACAUACCAGAAGGAGCAGCGUAAUGCUAAGGAGGCAGGGGGAAACUACACACCCACUCUCACAGAGCAGCAGGUGUAUGCUCAGGUGGCCCAGCUCUUCAAGAACCAGGAGGACCUCCUUUCAGAAUUUGGCCAGUUCCUGCCAGAUGCCAACAGUUCAGCGUUAUUGAGUAAGACUACAGCCGAGAAGGCUGAAUCUGUGCGUCUUGAUCGUGGAGGGACGGUAAAGAGACCCCAGCCUAACCAUAAACAGAGUUUUAACCAGAAUGGCUGUCAGAUCCGCAGACACACUGGGACGCCCACUACACCCCCUGUUAAGAAAAAGCAAAAGUUUAUGGGAAAAGAUUCAAUGGCUGAAGCCAGCAAACUUGGAAUUGGUGCUGAAUCUCUCUUUUUUGAAAAGGUGCGGAAAGCACUGCGGAGUUCAGAGGCUUAUGACAAUUUCUUACGCUGUUUGGUCAUCUUCAAUCAAGAAGUGAUUUCUCGGGCUGAACUUGUGCAGUUGGUCUUGCCAUUUUUGGGAAAAUUCCCAGAGCUUUUUACAUGGUUCAAGAACUUCCUCGGCUACAGAGAGUGUCCCCAUAUUGAGAGCUUUCCCAAAGAGCGAGCCACUGAAGGUAUUGCGAUGGAAAUUGAUUAUGCGUCCUGCAAGAGAUUGGGCUCCAGUUACAGAGCCCUACCCAAGAGCUUCCAGCAGCCUCGAUGUACCGGCAGGACUCCACUGUGCAAAGAGGUGUUGAAUGAUACGUGGGUGUCAUUUCCUUCCUGGUCUGAGGAUUCAACCUUUGUCAGCUCCAAAAAGACCCAGUAUGAAGAGCAUAUAUAUAGAUGUGAAGAUGAGCGCUUUGAGCUUGAUGUGGUUCUGGAGACAAAUCUUGCCACUAUCCGUGUUCUGGAGGCUGUUCAAAAGAGGCUCUCACGCAUGUCUGCUGAGGAACAAGCCAAGUUCCGACUGGACAACACCAUUGGAGGCUCCUCUGAGGUCAUCCACCGUAAAGCUAUUCAGAGGAUAUAUGGUGACAAAGCUCCAGACAUCAUAGAUGGACUCAAGACCAACCCUGCUGUCUCUGUACCUAUUGUACUCAAAAGGCUGAAAAUUAAAGAAGAGGAAUGGCGAGAGGCUCAGCGUGGCUUUAAUAAGAUCUGGAGAGAACAGAAUGAGAAGUAUUACCUGAAGUCUUUAGAUCACCAAGGUAUUAACUUCAAACAGAAUGACACAAAGGUGUUUCGCUCCAAGACGCUGCUCAAUGAAAUCGAGUCUCUUUAUGAUGAGCGACAGGAGCAGGCUUCCGAAGACAAUGCCGCCCCUCCCUCAGGCCCUCACAUGACCCUCAUGUACGAGGACAGCCAGAUUCUGGAAGACGCAGCUGCUCUCAUCAUCCACCAUGUCAAGAGGCAGUCCGGCAUCCACAAAGACGACAAGUAUAAAAUCAAACAGAUCAUCUACCAUUUCAUCCCCGACAUGCUGUUCGCCCGGCGUGGUGAGCUUUCUGAUGUGGAGGAGGAGGAAGAAGAGGAGACCGAACCAGAUGAAGACGGGACUAAAAAGCACAAUGGGACAACGUCUGCAAAGUCUAAGCUCCUCUUCAGCCAUACAGCAGCUACACAGCAGAAGCUCAGUAACUGUGACGAUGCCUACAACCUCUUCUAUGUCAACAAUAACUGGUACAUCUUCCUUCGGCUGCACCAGAUCCUGUGCUCCCGACUGCUACGGAUCUACGGGCAGGCGGAAAAGCAGAUCGAGGAAGACGCCAGAGAGAGGGAGUGGGAAAGGAACGUGUUGGGAUUGAAAAGAGAGAAGAACGACAGCCCGGCCAUCCAGCUGCGUUUGAAAGAACCCAUUUGUUUUGCAGUGGACAUCGACGUUGAAGACUACUACUCUGCCUUCUUGGAGAUGGUGCGAAACCUUCUGGAUGGCAACAUGGAAACAUCUCAAUACGAGGACCAGCUGAGGGAAAUGUUUACCAUUCAUGCCUACAUUGCCUUCACCAUGGACAAACUCAUCCAGAGUAUAGUGAGACAGCUGCAGCAUAUAGUAAGCGAUGAGAUCUGUGUACAGGUGACUGAUCUUUACCUUGGUGAGUGUUCCAACAAAGCCACCGGUGGGUCCCUCUCUACCCAAACAUCCAGAGGUACGGCUGAGACAUCCUAUCAGCGCAAAGCCGAGCAGCUGAUGUCCGACGAGAACUGUUUUAAGUUACUGUUCCAGAAGUCUAAGGGGACUGUGCAGCUGGCUGUGGAGCUGUUGGACUCAGAAGAAGAGAACUCGGAUGGACCUGUGGAUACUGAGCGCUGGCCCGACUAUGUGGAGCGAUAUCUGAACACCAGCUCGGCCUCUCCAGAGCUGCGAGAGCACCUCUCCCAGAAGCCUGUGUUUCUCCCCAGGAAUCUAAGGCGAAUCCGGAAGUGCCAGAGAGGUCAAGAGGUGCAGGUGAGAGAGAGCAAAGAAACAGCCAAGAAAUCCUCUGAGGGCAACGAGGACUCAAAGAUGGAGUGCAUGUUUAAGCUCAACUCCUACAAGAUGGUGUACGUCUUCAAGUCGGAGGACUACAUGUACCGACGCACUGCGCAGCUGAGAGCGCAUCAGUCUCACCAGCGGGUAAGCACUCGUCUGCAUCAGCGCUUUCAGGUGUGGCUGGACAGGUGGCGGAAAGAUCACGUGACCAGCGACAUGGCAGCCGCCACGUACAAGUGGCUGAUGGGAGAGGGCCGGGAGGGGCUGCUGCCCUGCAGAACCGUCUGUGAGCCUAAGAUCCUCCACUUUCAGAACAUCAACAAAUAUAAAGUCACCUACAGCACUACAUUGUAAAGCUCAAGUUUUCAAGAGAAGGGAGGGCUUUUACCUCCAUUUUAUGUUGUUUUUAUGACUGAAGUAGCACUGAAAUUAAAAUCGGACCGCCGUUGAGUUCUUUGAAGAUUGCUCACUUUCUUUCUUUUUUAUUUUUACCUUUUUAAAUUUUUAGAUUGUCAUCUUCUCCCCCCCACCCACCCCCCAGACUUUAUACCCAGUUGGUUAUUGUCCUUUAAUCAUGAGGGCAAGAAAACACUUCUUGCAAAUGCUGCAGCUCUAGUCAGACAUUCAUUUGAUUCUCACAACAAUAAGAAUCACUUUUGUCUUUUUUGAGAGGCUUUUUGUGAAAAGGAUGGUUUACAAAUACAGGUCAAAUCCUUGCCCAUUUGUAUAUUGUUUUUAUUUUUCAUUUCCUCAAGGUGAAUAGUAGUUUAUCAGCAAUCUUUUGUGGUUCACUUUAACCACAUACAAGUUAAAAAAAAUGAGAGAAAAUCUCUGACAGUGACAGAAAAUCUUAACUGUUUUUUUUAAAAAGCCUCUGUGUUUGGGGCUACGCAGCUAAACCAGGACUGAUGAUGUGAAUUUCCCUAGCCUAUUGUUCGCAAUAUACAUGAAAUGUAAUUAAGGUCUCUUUUCACUGGUUAAUUACAGCACCAUUAAUGAAGGUAUUACUGUUAAUUAAUAGACAUCCAAGAUACCAGCCACAACGUGUCAAUCAGGAACACCAGAAUAAAUACAGUCACAAAAGCUCUUGUAAUGUAAAUACAAUGUAUAAAUAUGCCUGAUUGUUUAUAUUCAGACAAACUUCACUGUUACGUAGUUCAGCUUUUAGGCUUCCUUAUCAGCUUAGUGGAGGAGGCUAAUGCUGGGAUGUUAAAGAAAACACUUUAUGACUAUUCUUACCAAAGGGAGUACUUGUUAAAAGUGUUUUGUCUGGUCACUCUGUCUCCUCUCUUUAUGUAGUCAUGGAAAUGUUCAUUUCGACAGCUCCAGAACCUGAGAUGUUGUAUUGGAUCAUUUUUCAUGACGCUAUAUUUGGCCCUUAUCUGAACUUGUAUUCAAAUUUGUGAUAUCACUGCCUGUGUUCUGAGUAGAACUUAGAAACUAUCCUGUUUGGUCCCAUUUUGCCCUCUUAUUACGAGAAGUCUGGAAAUGUAACUUGGGGCACAUUUGUGAGUGCUUUAAGACUUUGGUUUAUGCUGACAAAUAUGUAAAACAUAUUUAAAGAAGGCAAUGAUGGCAUGUUUCUAUGUUCUCAUGUACAGCCCUUUUAUAUUAUUCAUUAUUGUUUUAAAGAUUGAAAUAAAACAGAAUUGUAGUAGAUUA